AUGGAUAGUAUAUUUAGACUUAUAAAGCCAGAAAAUGUAAUCGAUACAGAUCAUGAAUGCUAUGAACCAAGAUAUUUUCCAAAAGGAGCCAGGUGUGCAAUGAUUAUUCUCUCUCUCGGGCUUAUAUUUUGCUCGAUAACGUUUGAAAAAGCAUUCAUAGAAGCAAAUUCUAAUACUAACUUUGGCUUAAAGUUGACUAUGCUUUCAGCUGCAGCCAUUUAUCCUGCUACCAUGUCUGUGUUUUAUUUGCCUAAUAACUGGAGGUUGAUGAAAGUGCACAACAAAUGUGGUUUUUUUUCAUAUGCCAUUUAUAUAAUUCCACAUAUUCUUGCGCUUGCUUUUAUUGUGGCUCAAAUAGUGAUUCAGUGCACUAAAAACGACUACAGUGAAUGCUGUGGAAUGUUCCAAUGCAGCCUUCUGCCUGCAAUCGUGCUUUGUUUUCUUUACUCAGUAUAUGAUUUUCGAUUUGAAUCAAUCAGAUAUGUGUAUACUGAUGCGUUUGACUUGGUCACUGACAUUACUGUGCUGUUGAUUCUGAUCGCUUUUCUUCUAUGGCAUGCCUACAUUAAUAAUUUGAUAGACUACGAUCAAAUCAUGUGUUUUGUUCUAUAUCCUGUAGGUCUUCUUAUGAUCCUUAAGACAAUCAAGGAAUGCUUUUCGUCCCCUCGUGAUCUAGACUUCAAGACCGAUAGCUGGCUGAUUAAUCUGUUUAUUCUGUUUGUGGGAAUAGGUACUGUAGCCAUGGUGUGUGUUAAGAUGAUAGUGAUACUAAAUAUGAGUGAAGUAACCGAUGAUAGUGAUACUAAAUAUGAGUGA